UGCUUCAUAAGGAUCCGCCACCUGACGCACGUGUUGCGUUUCCUGUACACAUCCGAGAGAGAGAGAGAGAGAGAGGAGGGGUAAGAGAGGAGGACAGAGGGAAGAGUGUGCAGGCUGAUCUCAGUCUCCUAUAGUGAUCGGUGCAUGCUGUUAAACAGCGCUCAGAGACGGAACAGGAGAAGAAGACGCGCUGGCUCGUCACCUUCCUAGAGCUCGGUUGGGAGAGGAGAUGGCUUAGCCCGCUCGGUUCGAUUCCCCAUGCAUGCAUGCAGAGGUGGAGUGAAUGAAGCGCGCGCCUCCUCGCCUCUCCCCGGAUCUGCGUGUGCAUGAUGAGCGUGGCUCUGCAGGAUCUGCGGAAUAACAUGUCCAACUACAAGCGUGCAACCUUUGAGGAGGAAGAGGGGUCAGACAUUCCAGUUGAUGGAGCCAUUUCUCCUGACAGUGUGGAGGUGGGUUUCCGGAAAGGUGGAAUCCAGUUGUGUGGAGGAUUAGGACGGAGGACUCAGCUGGAGAUGGUGUUGGCUGCUUUACUCGCGGUCUCUUUGUUAUCACUUUUUGCAUGUGCUGUUACCCUGGGAGUUCAUUAUAAAAAUGAUCCGUCGUGUAGUCUGUGUCUGACAGAGGCGUGUGUGACAGUGGCCAGUAAGAUAGUGGAGUCUCUGGACCGCACUGUUGACCCGUGUCAGGAUUUCUACCAGUAUGCCUGUGGUGGUUGGAUUCGCAAAAACCCCCUUCCUGAUGGACGCUCACGUUGGAGCACCUUCAACAGCAUCUGGGACCAGAACCAGGCCAUGCUCAAACAUCUACUGGAGAAUGGCACCUUUAACUCAAGUAGUGAAGCAGAGAAAAAAGCUCAGUUCUACUACUUAUCUUGUCUGAAUGAGCAGCGCAUUGAAGAGCUGGGAGCCCAGCCACUCAUCGACCUCAUCACUAAGACAGGGGGUUGGAACAUCACCGAGCCAUGGGAAAAGGAUAACUUCAUGGAGGUGCUGAAAACGGUCUCUGGCCCAUACAGAGCCCAGCCUUUCUUCACUGUGGGGGUCAGCGUGGACCCUAAAAAUUCCAACAGCAACGUAAUUCAGGUUGAUCAAUCCGGGCUCUUCCUUCCCUCUCGGGAUUAUUACCUCAAUAAGACUAAUGAGAAGGUUUUAAAGGCAUAUCUGGACUACAUGGUGGAGCUUGGGUUGUUGCUGGGAGGAGAUAAAAACUCCACUCAGAGUCAGAUGCAGCAGAUUCUGGACUUUGAGACAGCACUCGCCAACAUCACUGUGCCCCAGGACGAGCGCAGGGACGAGGAGAAAAUCUACCACAAAAUCACCAUCGCUGAGCUGCAGACACUUGCACCGGCUGUGGAUUGGCUAGACUACCUGACCGCUGCCCUUUCACCCCUGGACCUGAAUGAUACUGAGCCGGUGGUCGUGUACGCCAAGGAAUACCUACAGCAGGUCUCGGAGCUCAUCAACAAGACUGACCGCAAUUUGCUGAAUAACUACAUGAUUUGGAAUCUGGUGCAGAAAGGAGCAGCGAGCCUCGACCAGCGCUUCGAGAAUGCCCAGGACAAACUACUGGAGAGUCUAUAUGGCACCAAAAAGUCAUGUACUCCUCGCUGGCAGACCUGCAUUGGAAACACAGAUGACACUCUGGGCUUUGCUCUUGGUGCACUGUUUGUUAAAGCCACUUUUGACAAACACAGCAAAGACAUUGCUGAGGGUAUGAUCAGCGAGAUCCGAACUGCUUUUAAAGAUGCUUUGGACAGCCUCAGUUGGAUGGAUGAACAGACGCGACAAGCUGCCAAGGACAAGGCUGAUGCCAUCUAUGACAUGAUUGGUUUCCCAGACUUCAUCCUGGAUCCCAAGGAGCUGGAUGAAGUAUAUGACGGGUAUGAUGUCUCAGAGGACAACUUUUUCCAAAAUAUGCUCAACUUCUACAACUUCUCAGCCAGAGUAAUGGCAGACCAGCUGCGCAAACCUCCAAACAAAGACCAAUGGAGCAUGACUCCUCCUACAGUAAAUGCAUACUACAUGCCCACCAAGAACAGCAUCGUGUUUCCUGCUGGAAUCCUACAAGCUCCGUUCUAUGCUCGGGACCACCCCAAAGCACUAAACUUUGGGGGCAUUGGUGUGGUCAUGGGACAUGAGCUUACUCAUGCUUUUGAUGACCAGGGCAGAGAGUAUGAUAAAGAUGGGAACCUUAGGCCAUGGUGGCAGAACUCUUCAGUAGACGCUUUUAAGAACCGCACAGAGUGCAUGGUAGAUCAGUACUCUCAGUACACCAUCAAUGGAGAACACAUAAAUGGCAAACAAACCCUGGGAGAGAACAUCGCAGACAAUGGAGGCUUAAAGGCUGCCUAUCAUGCUUACAGGUCAUGGGUAAAGAGGAAUGGGAAUGAGAAAAAGCUUCCAGCAGUCAAUCUGACCAAUGACCAGCUCUUCUUUGUGGGGUUUGCACAGGUUUGGUGUUCUGUACGGACACCAGAGAGUGCUCACGAGGGCUUAAUGACUGAUCCUCACAGUCCACCCAAAUACCGUGUCAUUGGCACGCUGUCUAACUCUCCUGAAUUUGCGCAGCAUUUUCAGUGUCCUUUGGGCUCGCCCAUGAACUCAGGCCACCGCUGUGAGGUGUGGUAAGAGCAGAAAAAAGCCGGUCCACCAGUAUGCUUUGCUUCAACCAGUCAGGCGGAUAGACUGUACUUUUUCUCAAGCACUGGACUACUACUACUUUACAUUUUUCUUGUAGAAUAUGAAAUGUGGCUGGAUAUGAAGCUGAUUUUGAUGGGUAGUGCCAGAGCCAGCAGGAUACACAGAGUGUUUCAGCCAUUGCUUGUUUGUCCAGUAACUGAUGUCUCACUCCCCUUUUGCACAGCCACAAAAGCCCACAUGGGGCUGUCCUAUUUAUUUGCUGCACUUGAACUUAAGUGGAGGGAUAAUGAUAAGGGUGAAGAAGCUUUUUUUACGCUUGUGUGGGUUUUUUGUUUGUUUUUGUUUGUUUGUUUGUUUGUUUGUUUGUUUGUUUGCUUCAGCUGGACAAACCUCAUUCUCCCAGAAAAUAAAAUAAAAAAAAAAACCCUAUGAUGUCCGAGGGAGUGCCUCAUCUCGCUUUGACCUCACAGGAAACAUUUGAUUCUGUCUGUGACCUCACAGGAAGUGCUAUCCUGUCUCAGUGACUUUACAGGAAGUGGCUGGGAGCCCAUGGGAAGGAAAUGACGGUUUUCUGGAUUAUGAUUUUGCCAAGUGGCUUACAGCUGGUAGUUUGUGAUGGAGGGCCCUAACCCACUACUCCAUCAUCCAACCUGUGUAUUAUUUUCUGUUUGUUUAUUUACAUGUUGAUAAAGUUGAAGUGACCUGGGGCCUCAUGUACAAAGCUUGCGUACGCACAAAAAAGCUACGUACGUCACUUUCUGCGCAAACAUUCGUAUGUACAAAGAUUGACUUGGCGUGGAAAAGUGCGGUACUCUACGCAAACCUCAUGGCUGGCGUACGCACAUUUCUGGUGCAUCUUGGUACUUGGCGACACUUAGAAGCAGAGCAACACAACUACAUUUAGCCCUACUCGGUCAAGAGUCAUGACAUGGCGAUAAGAGGCAUCCAAAAAUGCAUCGGAACAUCAGGAUGCGUGAAUUGAAAUGUAUGUCAGUCAUACGACAUUGUCGAGAUACAUAAUGCGAGACUGUUGGGUAAAUGCCAACAGAUCCACCAACCAUCCCUUCCAUAUUGUAAUUACGGGAAAUGAGAAACCCCAGCAAUAUAAUUUCGAUAUUAUUCCCAUUGACUAUUGGUUAAUUAAUUAAAUUAAAGAAUGCACAUGCAGGACCAUGCAUUGCAGCUAGCUUAAUAGAUCUUCCUCGCGCAUUUGCUGCGAGGUGUCAGACUGAAAUAUUAUUAGUUGAUGUUGCGUGGGGUAGCCUUAUCACAUAAUUACCAAGAUCAAUAUCUCAUCUCAUCUCAUUAUCUCUAGCCGCUUUAUCCUUCUACAGGGUCGCAGGCAAGCUGGAGCCUAUCCCAGCUGACUACGGGCGAAAGGCAGGGUACACCCUGGACAAGUCGCCAGGUCAUCACAGGGCUGACACAUAGACACAGACAACCAUUCACACUCACAUUCAUACCUACUGUCAAUUUAGAGUCACCAGUUAACCUAACCUGCAUGUCUUUGGACUGUGGGGGAAACCGGAGCACCCGGAGGAAACCCACGCGGACACGGGGAGAACAUGCAAACUCCACACAGAAAGGCCCUCGCCGGCCCCGGGGCUCGAACCCAGGACCCUCUUGCUGUGAGGCGACAGCGCUAACCACUACACCACCGUGCCGCCCAAGAUCAAUAUAUGAAACGAUUUCCAAGUGCGUACAAAUCAGACACAACCGCGGUGUGUGGCGUGUUACACAAUGUGGCGCAGCGGCACGGCGUGCCAACAAUGGAGCGAGACCUGCCGGAGGACCCAGACCCUGGGCCUCACAACGAGGUGCCACAGCGACAUGGCAUACAAACCCGGCAGCGCUUAAUAGCCACAAUGUGAAAAGGCAAGGACAGACGGGACACCAUUCAUUUUUUAAGUAUUCUUUUAAUGUGUUAUUCAGUUCCUUCAAUUCCUCACGGAUUCCCUCGAGGUUGUCGUUAAUCGCCUCUAUCCCCUUUAAAAUUUCCCCCUGCGACUCAAGGACCGCGCGCGUCAGCACCCGGCCUGUGGACCCGGCGACAGGGGCAGGCGGUGGAGAAGGGGGGCAGGUGACAGUGACGCUGGAUCCGCUCGACUGGGGGUCCUCUUCCUGCUCCGGUGGGAUGGACUGGGGGCCUCCUGUUGUUCCCUGGCACCCUGCUAGAAUACAUUUGUCAUUAAAAUCCUAUUGUGGAAAAUAUGUGCACAUGUUUUAUUUCUGGUUACAUGUGGCUAGGAAUAUUGGGCCUACUAAGAGAGGAAGACAUUUCCUCAAAUACAGGGUGUCCCUGAAAAAAUGUACACAUUAGAGCACUAAAGGUGUUUUUUUGUUUUCAAAACCCAUGUAACUCAAAUAGACACUCAUUGUGGCGCAGGCACUGCGGACGAUGCGAAUCAUACCGUUAUCUUGGUAUAGGCUACAUUCACAUUCAGUGGCAUACAAUCAGUGACCGUUGCAUGUCUCAUAGCAUACACUUUGAACAUCACUUUAAUUGGAGGUGACAGAACAAUUAAGUGAUGUAUGUGAAUUCUAUUACACUGUGCUAAAGGCAGGGAUUAACGCGAAUAAAUGUUAAUAAUAAAUGUUAAUUUGAUUAACGCGAGAUUUCUAACAUUUAAUUAACAUUAACGCGUUAGUAAAAGUUGCCAUGUCUUUUACCUAACGUGGGCCUUACUGCAGGUCUAUUUAUACUAAUUAACAUAUUCAGUGUGGAAUAAUUGAGGGAGGAGACGGGGCGGGGAACGGGGCUCGUGCAUGUGCGCCGAAUUCCACGUUGAUUGGGAUGUACAACAGGAGAGUGCGUGGAAACCUUCGUACGCACUGACUGAUACAUCCGGAUUUUUUUGGUCGUACGCAAAUUUCCCGAUUUUGACGUCCGCACAUAUUUAGUGGGAAAUCCACGCAGGUCUUUGUACAUGAGGCCCCUGGUUGUUUGAAACUGCUCUUUGCCAAAGAAUGUUUGGGAUUUUUUUUUUUUGGUUCCAUGUGUUCUGUAGGAAUGUGUAGAAAACUUUGCUUUUGCUCUACAGUGAUCACGGGGGGGUGCGCGUGCUUGUUUAUUUUAAUAUCUGUGAAGUUUCUCAUUUUGCAUUGAACCUUCAGUGAUGUCUAGCCUGCUUAAUUAAUUUCAAAACAGUAUAAACUUUAUUUUGAGAACCACUAAAGGAAAGGUGAUGCCACUGAUUCUUUUCCAGUCCUCCUUGACAGUGUUUCAGGCUGCAUAUGAGAAAUGUAGAGUGCAGGUUAGAUCAACCCAUGAAUUACUGCUGAGUGCUAUUCCGUCAAUGACGUAUAGUUUAAAUUCUGUGAGCAUCUUUAGUUUUAUAACGAUGUGCAGUGCUUCACCACAGAAUAUCAAUGUGGUUAACAAGCGAGUGAGGACGAAUUCCCGUUAUCAUGAAUUAUGACUGAUUUGCCAUUCUGACUGGUCUCUAUAAGAAUCCGUAUUAGCAGCUGUAGGAUUUUGGUUGGAGUAUUGCUUUAAAGGUGUAGCCAGUAAUUUAGUUGGUGGUAACCUGAAUGUUAGGUUGGUGAACUGAUGAGCAACAAGCAAGGAAAGUAGGGAGACUUUAUCUUGAUGCUGACGAUCCACAUCAUUUGGUUUUCCAUUUACAGAUUUAUGGCAGCCAGAGACUGGAGCAGAUAUUGUAUUAUGUACGCUUUUGCCAAAAAUGUCCAAAAGUGUUUCAAGUUAACCACUGUCUCCACUUGUAAUGGCAUUAUGUUUAAGAAGUGCAUUGACUGACCGGCCUCGGUCUCGUCGUUUAUAAACACUAGCCACUGCGCCACCAUUUCUUCAGCCCAAAGAAAACUGACCACUUGUUUGAAAGCUGCUGAUGUAUGACUUCACUCAUUCACCACCCCUUUAAAUGAAAUAUUCUAGCUUCAUUACAUGAUGAAAAGUUAGCACUAUACCACUGAAUUGUUUGAGCCUGAUAAUGGUAUAAUCCACAUGUGUCUGGUACAGUAUUUAUCUGUUGCUGUUUUGUUUCAUUUUCCAUCCUUUGUUCAGACAUACAGCUAGGAUUGCAAAAACUCUUCUGUCUAAGGUUUCAUGUCACUCCACCUGCCUUAUAAUGCACUUUGGCUGCAGUGUCUGCGUCUCAGUGUCAGUAGUUCCUGUGUCCGUCAGCCUCUUAAUGACCGGUUUGGAAUCUCAGGCUACUAUUUUUGUCAUGUUGCCUGUUUUUGUUGGCUUUUUUUUUUUGCAUAAAUAACACAUGCUUUUUCUGAUCUUUCUCUUUCUGCUGAUAUUCACAAGCUGGGGUUUAAGUUUCAGUUGUGGUGAGGCAUUUGUGGUUACCCUUAAAUACCUAAAGCGUGAAAUAUAGAAAUGUAUACAUGAUAUAAUCUAAUUGGAAACUGCAGUGGAACUUUGGAGUGCUUGAAGGUCUUUAAAUAGACAGAACUGUUCUCUAUUGACUUACAUGUGUCUUUUACCAGCCAGUGGUGAAUCUCACUGGUGAAAAACAGAUUAUUACAGGCUUAUUUUAACAAUUAUGUAGGAUUUAAUUCCCCAAAACUCCCAGUAAACAAAAGGCUGUUCCGGAGUGCGAGCGAUUUUCAAAGUGUCAUAGAGAGGUGUGUGAAGCCAAAUGGGUUUUAAUUCUCAUUGCUUUGAUUUCAUAAUCAUCUUCACACAUGUAAGGUUGUUUUGUAUUUUUCCUGUUUUUUUUUUUUUAAUAUAUACUGUGAUCUAGCAUUAUUUAAGUCACCAAGUGUACAUUUUCUUAUCUGAUCUUAUGUUAAUAGUUAACGGAGUCUGUUAAUACAACAUUAAAAUGUAUGGGGUUACACUGAUUGCUUUUUAGUUUAUUUGACAAAGUGCAUUCUGUCUGAGGACACGCUGCCCAGCCUAUAGUGCAACAUUCCACAUUAAAAAGUAUCAAAGGAACUGAAAUAAAGAUUAUAUAUUAUAAGAA